AAGGCGAAGGUGGGUGACAUUCAUUAGCGCUUUUGUGACUCUCUUCCCAGGGAGCAGGCCCCUGGAUAAAGGUUCCCGGCAGCCUCGCUUCCCCGCGGCAGGUGCCCGAGAGCGCGGCACGGCUCUGCCCCCUGUCCCCCCGGGGAGCCCUCGGCCAUGUCUGCGCUCGUGGCCAGCGUAUCUCAGCGGCGGGCGGCAGCUCACGGUCUUGGCUCCCAGCACGAAGCCGUCAAGUAUUUAGGCCAGGACUUCGAGACCCUGAGGAGGCAGUGCUUGGACUCGGGGGUCCUGUUCAAGGACCCCGAGUUCCCAGCGUGCCCGUCAGCCUUGGGCUACAAGGACCUUGGACCACACUCCCCCCAGACUCGAGGCGUCGUCUGGAAGCGACCCCCGGAGCUGUGUGCCAGCCCUCAGUUUAUCAUUGAUGGAGCCAGGCGCGCGGACAUCUGUCAGGGAGACCUGGGUGACUGCUGGCUCCUGGCGGCCCUGGCCUCCCUCACCUUGAACGAAGAGCUGCUUUACCGCGUUGUCCCCAGAGACCAGGACUUCCAGCAGAACUACGCGGGGAUCUUUCAUUUCCAGUUCUGGCGGUACGGCGAGUGGGUAGACGUGGUUGUGGACGACAGGCUGCCCACCAAGGACAGGGAGCUGCUGUUCCUUCGCUCCGGGACGGGCGACGAGUUCUGGGGCGCCCUGCUGGAGAAGGCCUACGCCAAGCUCAACGGCUCCUACGAGGCUCUCACUGGAGGGUCUCUGGUGGAGGGGUUGCAGGAUCUCACAGGCGGCAUCUGUGAGUGUUAUGACCUGAGGAAGCCUCCGGCCGGCCUGUUUCAGAUCAUCCGGAAGGCCCUCCGCGCGGGGUCUCUGCUGGCCUGCUCCAUUGAUGUCUCCAGUGCAGCCGAGGCAGAAACAGAGACCACAACCUGCCAGAAGCUGGUGAAGAGCCACGCGUACUCGGUCACUGGUGUCGAAGAGGUGGAUUUCUGGGGCCAUCCCGAGAAGCUGGUCAGACUCCGGAACCCGUGGGGCGAAGUGGAGUGGACGGGGGCGUGGAGUGACAGUGCACCAGAGUGGAAUCACAUCGAUCCCAGGCGGAAGGAGGAGCUGGACAAGAGAGCCGAGGACGGGGAGUUCUGGAUGUCAUUUUCGGAUUUCUCGAGGCAGUUCUCCCGGCUGCAGAUCUGCAGCUUGUCCCCGGACUCCCUGAGCGGUGACCAGCUGCACAAAUGGAACCUGGUCCUGUUCAAUGGCCGCUGGACGCGGGGCCCCACCGCCGGGGGCUGCCCGAGCUUCCCAGCCACUCACUGGACCAAUCCCCAGUUCAAAAUCCAUCCGGACAAGGUGGAUGAUGGCCAGGGGGGGCUCGGCGAGCCCCGCUGCACGGUGCUGCUGGGUCUGCUGCAGAAGAAUCGCAGGCAACGGGAGAGGACAGGACAGGGCCUGCUCAGCAUCGGCCUCAGUGUCUACAAGGUACUUCCGGAGCUGGGCCAUCCUUCAUUCCACACUGGGGGGGGUCUUUGCUUGGGAUGUUUUGAACGUGAGGCUUUGCAGUUCAGGGUGUGGUAUGUGUGCGUCUUCUAUGGCGGAAGCGUGCCCGUGGAAAGUGGCCGGUGGGUUGAUGGCAGGAGAACAGAAUGUCCGGUCCCCAAAGAGGUAAGCAAGCACCUGCAGAGGCGUCUUCCUCCCACACCAUCCCAAGAGCUGCUGACCCUGGCAGGUGGCAAAGACCAGCAGAGUCCAGCCGACGCGCCCCCGGUCCGGGACUUCUUCCUGGGCCGCCAGCCCACGGCCGGCUCUGACUGCAGCUGCCCCCGGGGGAACCUGCUGGUGCGGCCCUUCCAGGAUGGCGACUUCUGCCUGAGGGUGUUCUCGCAGGGCAAGGCCACAGCCCCGGAGACGGGAGAUGUGGUAGCUGGAAACCCACAGGAGGUAGGAAUCUCUCGGAACACCGAGCUCUGGCUCGGGGAGGAGAAGCCGGGGCUUCGCUCGAUCAAUGCCAUCCUUCUAUUUGAACUCUGGGCUCAGCCACCGCACCUGCCCCGAGGCGCUUUCCCGGCUGGCGGCUCUCGGUCACCGGAGCUGCCCGGGCCCCACCUGCAGCAGCAGCCCAGCCUCCUGGUGGACCUCUCCCCAGCCCCCCACCGCCUCUCUUGCUGCCGUCCCAGGGGGUCCGAGAGCCGCACCCCCCGGGAGGUGGACCAGGAGGACAGCCAGCCCGGGAGCCUGCUGGGGAAGCUUGCGGGGAAGAACGGGGAUGCCGGUGGUUUCGCCGGGGGGGGCGGGGGCGGUGGUCGUUCCGAGGACGAGGCCACGGGGCACAGAACAGGGCCGCCCGCAGCGGCGGCUUUGCUGAGAACUCACGAAACAGACGUAAAAUUCGGGGGAUUCGACAUCAACACUUGCAGGGAGAUGAUCAGCUUGAUGGACAGACCCCCGAGCCAUGGAAAGGGCACCCUGGGGCUGGCAGAAUUCAGGGUGAUCUGGCUGAAGAUUCAGAGGUACCUGUUGGUUUGUGGGGAAACCGAUCAUACCCACUCGGGGGCCAUCGACACCCACGACCUGAGGGUGGCCCUCAGGAAAGCAGGUGAGGAUGUGCGGUGUAGACAAGCCUCAGGGACAGGCGUCUCACUGUAAAUACUCCUACUGGGCUGGCGAUC